CACACGUGGGUUGACCGUCGGCGCGGCGGUGAGCGGAGCUGCUGAGAGCCGCGGAGCGUUAAGCCAAGGUGUGAAGGUCAUGGCAGUGCUACGGUUUUACAGGCGGGAGCAUGAGAGAGGCCGUGGUGUGCAGAGGGCCGCAUUGCUCUACCCUCACGCCACCAUCAGCGCUGAGCACUGCUACAAUGUGGAGCUGACUGGGGCCGAUUCCCUGAGCCCACAGAAGAAGCAUGUGCUCGUCUGGCUGCUCAGCUCGCCAUUCGCACCUGGACAGCUGGCAGAGGAGCCUACGUUGGAGGCUGGGAAAGGAGAAUGUGUGGUGGAAAUCGGGCCCAGGUUGAAUUUCUCCACCGCAUGGUCCACCAACGCUGUGUCCAUCUGUCAGAGCGCAGGUUUGAGUGAGGUCACUCGAGUGGAGCUGUCCCGCAGAUUCCUCGUACAGGGCCUUGGUGAUGCCAACGCGUGCAUGACUGAUGGUGAUGUGGAGAAACUGGUUAGCUGCUUGUAUGACAGCAUGACAGAGUGCAUCUAUCCUCACCCCAUUUAUUCAUUUGCUGUGGACACACAGCCGCAAGAUGUCUUUGAGGUGGACAUUCUUGGGCACGGGAGAGCUGCUUUGGAGAAAGCCAAUGAUGAGCUAGGUCUGGCCUUUGAUUCCUGGGACCUGGAUUAUUACAGUGACCUUUUCCGGAGAGUUCAGAGGAACCCAACCAGCGUAGAGUGUUUUGACCUCGCUCAGUCCAACAGCGAGCACAGUCGCCACUGGUUUUUCCGGGGGCGCGUAACCAUCGACGGACAGGAGCAGAAGGAUACUCUCUUCGGUCUCGUCAUGGGGACCCAGUGCCAUAGCAACCAGAACAAUGUAAUCAAGUUCUGCGACAACAGCAGUGGCAUCGCAGGCAUGGAGGUGGAGUGCAUGUACCCCGGUGACCCAGCUCACUCUAGUGCCUAUGGCACGCGACGCUCCACCAGGCACGUCAUCUUCACUGCGGAGACGCACAACUUUCCCACCGGUGUGGCUCCUUUCAGCGGCGCAACAACGGGUACGGGGGGGCGGAUUCGGGAUAUUCAGAGUGCCGGCAAGGGAGGCCACGUCAUCGCCGGUACCGCGGGAUACUGCUUUGGCAACCUACGUAUUCCGGGAUAUGCUCUCCCCUGGGAGGAGGCCGGCUGGGAGUAUCCCAGCACGUUCGCUACUCCGCUCCAGGUGGCCGUUGAGGCGAGUGAUGGCGCCUCGGACUACGGCAACAAAUUCGGGGAACCGGUCCUUGCAGGUUUCGCUCGCUCCUUCGGGAUGCGGCUGGCCGACGGGGAGCGGCGGGAGUGGAUCAAGCCGAUCAUGUUCAGCGGAGGGUUGGGCGCUAUUGAGGACCAGCACGUGAAAAAGGAGACUCCUGAGCCAGGGAUGGAGGUAGUGAAGAUCGGAGGACCCGUGUACAGGAUUGGUGUGGGUGGAGGAGCUGCUUCUUCUAUACAGGUCCAAGGCGACAAUGCAGCUGCUCGUGAUCUAGGAGCGGUGCAGAGGGGGGAUGCCGAGAUGGAGCAAAAGAUGAACCGAGCCCUGCGGGCCUGUCUGGAGCGGCCCGGCGGGAACCCCAUAUGCAGCAUCCAUGACCAGGGUGCUGGGGGGAAUGGAAAUGUUCUCAAGGAGCUGAGUGAGCCAGCAGGAGCAGUCAUAUAUGCCAGCAAGUUUAAGACAGGUGACCCCACCCUGAGUGUGCUCGAGCUCUGGGGGGCUGAAUAUCAGGAAAGCAAUGCACUGCUCAUUCGCCCUUCCAACAGUGAUUUUUUGAAGCAAGUGUGUCUCAGAGAGAAGUGUCCUGUGGACUUUGUGGGCAGAAUCACUGGGGAUGGCAAGAUUGUAUUAGUGGAUGACCGCACUAAUCCCGGGGAGCAAGGAGAGGGAGGCCGGCAUCCUGUGGACCUGAAGCUGGACUGGGUCCUAGGAAAGAUGCCGCAGAAGGAGUUUAAGCUAGAGAAGGUGUCUCCUCCCCUCAAACCCCUGACCUUGCCUCCUGGCCUGUCUGUCCUGGAUGCUCUCGAGAGGGUCCUUAGGCUUCCCUCUGUGGCCAGCAAGCGCUACCUUACCAACAAGGUGGACCGCUCCGUGACGGGUCUGGUGGCGCAGCAGCAAUGCGUCGGUCCCCUGCACACCCCGCUUGCUGACGUGGCCGUCGUGGCCCUGUCUCCCUUCGGUCUCCGGGGGGCGGCUACUGCGGUAGGGGAGCAGCCUAUCAAGGGCCUCGUGUCCCCCGGAGCGGGGGCCCGCAUGGCUGUGGGUGAGGCGCUCACCAACUUGGUCUUCGCCAGAGUCUCUGCACUGAAGGAUGUGAAGUGCAGUGGGAACUGGAUGUGGGCGGCAAAGCUGCCCGGCGAGGGCGCCAACCUGUGGGAGGCAUGCCAAGCCAUGUGCCAAGUGAUGGGCCAACUGGGUGUGGCUGUCGACGGCGGCAAGGAUUCCCUCAGCAUGGCGGCCCGUGUGGGCAAAGAAACCGUCAAAGCGCCAGGGUCGCUUGUGAUCUCAGUGUAUGCCAUUUGUCCUGAUAUCACCGCUACCGUCACCCCAGACCUUGAAAACCCAGAUGGGAAAGGUGUGUUGCUGUACGUGCCCGUGAGCCCGGGUCAAUACCGGCUGGGUGGUUCCGCUUUGGCCCAGUGCUAUGGACAGUUGGGAGACUGCGGUCCUGAUCUGGAGGACCCGGACAAGCUCUCUGCCUGCUUCAACGCCACCCAGUUGCUUCUGAAGGACCGACUGUUAAGCGCAGGACAUGAUGUCAGUGACGGGGGUCUCAUUUCCUGCCUGCUGGAGAUGGCCUUUGCAGGAAAUCAUGGGAUCGAUGUGGACUUGCCUUUGCGCGGACCGGGAGCGCUGGAAGUUCUGUUCUCUGAGGAGCUGGGUUUGGUUUUGGAGGUGUCCGAAUCUAACGUCGCCAGAGUGUGCCGGAGUUACACCGACGCUGGCCUCGCCUGCUAUAGGAUCGGCAGAACUCGUGGCUUUGGACCAGAGUCUAUGGUUAAAGUGCGAAUCUGCGGAGAGGAGGUGCUGAGAGGCAGUUUGCCACACCUCAGGGCGUUAUGGGAAAGCACCAGUUUCCAGCUGGAACGCCUGCAGGCCCAACGUCUGUGUGUGCGGCAGGAAGAGGAAGGCCUUGCCGCCCGCACGCAGCCGUAUUAUAAGUUGACCUAUGACCCUGCUCAGACACCCAGGAUUCAACAGCUUGGUCUCACCCCUCCCAGAGUAGCAGUGGUGCGAGAGGAAGGCAGUAAUGGGGAUCGAGAGAUGUCCGUUUCCUUGUUCAUGGCUGGAUUUGAGGUGUGGGAUGUCACGAUGCAAGACCUCUGUUCUGGAUCGACAAAUCUGGACCCUUUCAAGGCUGUAGUGUUUGUGGGUGGAUUCAGUUAUGCGGAUGUCUUGGGCUCCGCAAAAGGUUGGGCAGCCACUGUGACCUUUAACCCUCGCGCCCGGGCCGAGUUCGAGCGUUUCCGACGGCGGGGCGACACCCUCAGUCUGGGCGUGUGCAAUGGCUGUCAGCUGCUGGCCCUGCUGGGCUGGGUGGGGGGUGGCGAUAGCGGCGAGUCGGAUGUCAUCCUGACACACAACAAGUCUGGCAGGUUUGAGUCCCGCUUUGUGAGCGUGGGCAUUUUGCCCUCACCUGCCAUAAUGCUGCAGGGCAUGGAGGGCUCCGCUCUGGGCGCCUGGGUUGCCCAUGGGGAAGGUGAGUCAGCGGCUUACUUCUUGCAUUGCAAGCCAACGGUGAUCAGUUCCGGCAUAGUCGCAUAUUGGCAUCUUCACCCAGGUCUGAUGCGGUUCAGGUCCUCUGAGGCCCAGGAGCGGGUUGUCGGAGGCACUCUGGGCCCCCUGCGCUACAUGGAUGACUCGGGGUCUCCCACAGAGGUAUACCCGCUCAACCCCAACGGCUCCCCUGGCGGCUUGGCUGGCCUCUGCUCCCCGGAUGGGCGCCACCUGGCCAUGAUGCCGCACCCGGAGCGCACGGUGCUGUCCUGGCAGUGGCCCUGGGCCCCGGGGCCCCUCCGGGCAUCCCUGCCGUCCUCGCCCUGGCUCAGCAUGUUCCGAAAUGCUGCGGCCUGGUGCCAGACUGUGCAGUGAGGCAGCAAGGGGAGCAAUUUGGCAAGCGCGUUUCGGCUCGGGCCCAACGAGCGAAACGCGUCCGGUUUCUGGGUAGCAUUCCUAAAGAGAG